CGGUUGAACGCAAACACAACGUUGCUGUAAUGAUAAAUUGGCUGCGCGAUUGAUAUCAUAGCAUAAUUACAUAAUUGAAAAUAACUUUAUUUUAAAAUAUCAAUUACUAGGUUCGUUCCCGGACGCCGAGUGCGACACCAACAGCAACCAGUACGGCCAGGGCGGUUUAAUUACCGAGCCAAUGACCUUUUCAGUGGGACGUUAAAGUGAAACUCACGAUCCAUCUUGAGCGUUUUCUAGAUCGCUGUGAUUGCUCCAGCCAGGGGUUGCUUCAAGGUUCUGGUAGUUUGUUUGUAGGACGGGCAUGUACUAGUAUGGCACGUAACGUAACGUCCAAUAGGACUGUUCGCCACGCGCCCGCCGCUCCCAUCAUAUCAUCAAGGGACCUAUAAGAUGCAUCAUUCGAAGCGAACACCCCGGAUAUCACCUACAUCACAUGUUGCGUUUUCUUCUCCUUUCUGGACUAGUAUCCCAGUGUUUUGUUUCAGCUAAGCUGUAUACUGAUCCUAGUCAGUUGCCGACGAGCGUGUAUGACUUUGUCGUGGUUGGAGCUGGAACAGCAGGGAGUGUCAUUGCGGCCAGGCUAUCAGAGAAUCCUAUUUUUUCCGUCCUUGUGAUAGAGGCUGGUUCAAGCAACCAAAAUAUACUAGCCGCUCAAGUGCCAUUCCUAGGUUCUACUCUCUCCCCAAACACUUCUGUUACAUGGAAUUACACGACGACACCCCAAAUCGGUCUCAAUAACAGGACUAUACCAUAUCCGAGAGGUUACGUCCUUGGGGGCUCCAGUACAAUCAAUUUCGAGAUAUGGACCAGAGGCUCGGUAGAUGAUUUUGAUCGAUUCGCAAACGUAUCGGGGGAUCCUGGUUGGUCGUGGCUCGAGAUGAUGCCCUACAUGAAGAAAAGCGAACAUUUGGUGCCUUCUACGGACAACCGUUCUGUAGUCGGGGAGGUGGAUCCCGCUAUCCACGGUAUGAGGGGCCCAGUGCAAGUAAGCCUGGGCGGCUUCGUCGGUGAGGUAGAUCAGCGUGUUAUGAACACAACGAGAGAAUCAGUUUCUGAAUUCCCUUACAACAUAGACAUGAACUCUGGUUAUCCUCUGGGAAUAGGAUGGACGCAGAAUUCCGUGAGCUCGAAAGGCUUUCGGAGCAGCUCAGCUACAGCGUAUUUGGCACCUGCCAUGGAAAGAGAUAACCUGGAUGUCCUCAUCCAAACUCGCGUCACGAAACUCAUAGCGGUUUCGCAUGCAAAUGGCGUGCCGACCUUCGGACAAGUAGAGGUGGCUCAAGCUCCAACAGGUCCACGAUUGUUGUUCAAUGCAAGCAAAGAAGUCAUUCUAUCCAGCGGAUCGAUCAACACGCCCCAUAUUUUGCAACUGAGUGGUAUCGGUGAUUCGGCGUUGCUCGCAUCGUUGAAUAUAACUACCAUUCUUGAUCUUGACGACGUCGGCAAGAAUCUUGCUGACCACCCUUUCCUGGGCAAUCACUGGCUCGUCAACUCCACUUCCACGUUCGAGGCAGUUGGCCGAAAUGCAUCUCUGGCUGCUGAUCUGCUUGCACAAUGGAAUGCGACUGGCACAGGACUUUUCUCGGACCCCGGUGCAAACCAAAUUGGCUGGAUGCGACUUGCAUCAAAUUCAAGUAUCUUCCAACAGUAUCCUGACCCAUCUGCUGGCCCGACAUCUCCUCACUAUGAAUUCCUACCUGUCAAUGGGUUCGUGUCCUUCGUUGAACAGACCCCAACGACAGGAUUUUUCUUGUCUAUUAUAACCAACGUCGCUUCCCCGCUAUCUCGUGGUUCGGUGACAUUGGCAUCGGGCGAUCCCUUCGACAAUCCAAUCAUCGACCCUGCAUUGCUCGAAAGCCCAUUCGAUCUUUGUGUGAUGGUGGAAGCUAUCAAAACUGUUAAGCGGUUCGUUGAGGCGCCCGCCUGGGACGGUUACAUUAUCGAAGCUGUUGGUGCCCUCAACUCCACGACGGACGAAGACUUGGUAGAUUAUGCUCGAAACUUCACGUCCACGGUGUUCCAUCCAGUAGGGACCGCUCGAAUGACAUCCCACGCCGACCAGGAUGGUGUGGUCAACCCAAAUUUGCUUGUCAAGGGGUGUUCUGGAUUGCGAAUAGUUGAUGCAUCUGUUUUGCCGUAUAUACCGGCUGCGCAUCCUCAAGCAUGCAUCUACGCGUUGGCUGAAAGAGCAGCGGAUUUGAUCAAAGCUGCAUGGUGCUGAGCCUCGGGUCGAGAUAGCGGCUGCUGGAAACUUAACGUCCUGCGCACUUGUUACAUAUUUCAUUAAGUCAUCAUCAUUAUUCUGCCUUUAAGUUUUUACGUCUGGGCAGGUUUUGCGCAAAAUUUAGAAAAUGGCGCUUGAAGGCUUCAGGCAGACUAGCGUAAUUGUCAUGUUAGCCUCAUUAGGAAAAUCGGUUGCCGUCCUGCGGUGGGUGCACAUCAAGCAUCAGGCAGUGUUUGAAAGCUGCCCAUCAGAGCCUCUCAAAUUUGUUUAGGGCGCCUCGGGCUGGUUCGUUUUGUUUCAGCUCUAUGAGUCCACACGAAAUCCCGUUCAAUCUCCUCAAUGAACUUGCGCUUAGGUUAUAGCGCAGCUGCGCCUUCCUCUUACGUUGGUUCAUCCUGGUUCGCUUUGUCUCCG